AUGACGAGCUUGAGGAGGACUACACUUGCAGAAAGAGGCAGAAGAAUUGCUAAUGAAAUUGUAGCAAACCCGAAAAACAGAAAGCAUUUUGACAGGCUAAUGAAAGAAGGGAAGGACUGGAUCGGCGAUCUUACAGAGCAGCAUGGGCCUUUUAGUGGUUAUGAGUUGCAUGAGUUUUUAUAUUGAUAUAAAAAGACUUUAAAACACCUUCCAAAGAAUAAAAAUAUCCCUGAAGCGGUUGAUCCUAACUCCCCUCUGUGAGAGAGUAAAAAAUUUUGUUUAUUUAUUGGAUUUUAGUUUAUAUAUAAAUUUUUAUAGUCAUUUUUUUUUAAAAAAAUCAAUUCGAAAAAAUUGGAAUUUAUUUAAAAUGGAACAUAAUUAGCUAGAAUGUUUAUUAUAAUAAUUAUCACUUAUAUAUAUUUGUAUACUGACCCAAAAAAUAGGGAUUUUUCCAAUAGUUUUGUUUGCUCGCGGAGGGGGAGUAAGCAAAAACCUCUUGAGAAACUGGAAAUAACUGAAGGGAUGAUAAACCCUGAAGGUUCAGUUCGGCUUAAUAAAUCAUCUCCACAGAAAUAUGAACAAAGCGCAGUCGAAAAAACUACGAAUGCUAUGUGCCCAAAAGAAGGAGAUAUAAAAUUCACAUUUAAGGCCAAACAAAGAUACAUAGACGUUACUAAUCUUUUGAAAAAAACCAAUGGAAUGGUUCCUGAUUUCGAUAUCCUCAAUUUACCUGAAAGAGAGCCUGAAGAAAUAGCUAUAUCGCCCCUUACUUGGUUAGUGAACAAAAAUUAUUGAGAAAAUCACGAUUUUAGGUAAACUUUUUUUAGAAAGCAAAAAUUUUUUAUUUCCACACUUUAUUUUUAAUGAUGUGACUAAGGAAAUAUUAAUUAAUAAUAUUAUAUUUUAGAUAGCUACAAUUAUAAAACAUAAAUUUUGAUUUCAAUGUUUCCAAAUUGGGUGUUUUAAAACAUGAAAAAUAUUUAUUUUAUAAAAAAAAUUUAAACCCUUGUAAGCUAAUGAGCAAGAAUUUUGUCCACUAGCCUAGGUGUGAAUUAAGCCUCCCCCUAUUUCAGUUCCAGAAAAAUAUGAGGCAUUCUUGCUAGAAGAAGUUCUUUUACCUCCAGAGCCUCCAAAAGAAAACAAAAAUGAAAAGCCUGAAUUCGUGACUUCGUUUUGGCUCCCAGAUGCAACAACAAGAAAAAUGAUUGUAGCAAGGGAAAAAGCAGGCAAAACUGGUUUCGAUGAAUACAUAGACGUUUCUAAGCACAAGUUUAGAGAAGAGUAUAACCCGAAAGAUCUCGGGCAGCCUGAUUUUGUAUUAAGACUGCCAAAGCCAGAGCUUGCGAGAUUAGAGCUUGAUAAGGAUUCAGCAGAAACUGAGACGAAAAAUAAGAAACAAAUGAUCAAGGAGAAAGAAGAAGCUGAAAAGUUGAAAAGGACAAAAAUUGGCAAUGUUUCGAGGCCAGAAUGGGUGCAUAGAUUCAAUCCAAUCCCUCUGAGUGUUGAAAUAGGAACACAGCAGCCUCACAAGCUGCUUCCAAAGGGCGAGUAUUCUGAACCGAUUAUUGCAUUGUCUAGAGAUGAGGACUUCAGAUCAACACUUUAG